GCUGUGACAAAGUCAGAUAUAUCCGAGUGGCAGCGGCUUAUACACAGAAAAUGAGAGGAGAUCAGCCUUGUCAUGCAGCUGUAAGGUCUUUAAACAGGCGAUAAAAAGUGAUAAGGAUUAUUAAAUUACUCUGAUAGUCAGUCUUCAGUCAUGAAAAGUGUUAGUUAAUUAAUGAGGAACAACGGUUGUUCUGUUAUAAAGAAGGAAGACGCAGGAGGUGAUGGAGGAACCGUCACGAAAUUAGACCAAAAAUAAACGAACAUGAGGAUUUGAAAUGAGAGGACCAAGAAAAUGGUUUUCAGGUUUUAUGGAAUUUAAAUAGGCUAACUUUUUUUCUACGAUGCAGAAGAGAUGGAUACGCCGGAAGUUGCCUGUCUUGAUUUUCACCUUCUUCAUCAUUCUCUACGUGGAUUUUCAAUUACGCACCAGCAGCCUGCCCAGACUCAGUGCGGCUCACUAUCCGUAUCCCGGUGCGCUUCACCGCUCCAUCCAGCAGGCUCCAUCCCCGGCCAAGGACGCACAGAACCCGGCGGGCAACAGCAGCAGCAGCAGCAGCAGCGAGGACAGAGGACACCCGGCCUCUGAUGAUGGUACAGGUGCACAUGUCACGCAGCCGAAACUGAAGCUGGAGGACAUCUUCGUCGCUGUGAAGACCACCGGGAGGUUCCACAAGACGCGUCUUACGCUGCUUUUGGAGACGUGGCUCUCCAGAACCAAGGCGCAUACUUUCAUUUUCACAGACACGGAGGAUGAGGAUUUACGUUCGGAAGGUUAUAACAUGGUGGUCACAGGCUGCCAGUCAGAUCACAGCCAGCAGGCUCUGUCCUGCAAGAUGUCUGCCGAGUACGACGGCUUCAUGGCCUCUGACAAGAGGUGGUUUUGUCAUGUGGACGAUGAUAACUACGUGAACCCAGAGGCUCUCCUCUCCCUGCUCUUGGCCUUUCCCCAGGACGGCGACAUCUACGUGGGCAAACCGAGCCUGGACAAACCCAUCACUGCACAUGAACUGCUGGAGGGCAAUGCGACGAGGGAAGUGCGGUUCUGGUUCGCUACAGGAGGAGCAGGAUUCUGUCUGAGUCGGCGGCUGGCAGAGAAGAUGGCUCCAUGGGCCAGCGGCUCGCGGUUUGAGCAGACGUCUGCGACGAUCCGUCUCCCUGACGACUGUACAGUGGGCUUCAUCGUGGAGAAGAGGCUGGGCAUCUCCAUGGUUCACUGUCCUUUAUUCCACUCCCACCUGGAAAACCUGCUGCUCAUCAGCCACAGAAGCAUCCCACACCAGGUGACUCUGAGCUACGGGAUGUUUGAGAACAAGAUGAACAGCAUUGAGGUGAAAGGAAGCUUCUCUAAGGAGGAAGACCCUUCCAGGUUUAAGACUGUCCACUGCAUUCUGUACCCUUUCACCAGCUGGUGUCCUUGAACUUUUCAUGGAAAACAACAACUUUUAAACACAAAUCAGACAAGACUGGUGAUCCCGCUGGAUGAAGUGCUUUUCCUGGAUACUUUCUAAAUGCAGAGGAAACUGAUGGAUUUAAUUUGAUGGCACAAUCUGAGACGCAGACACCAGAACUGGAGAAUCAGAAAGGAGAAACCUCGGACAGCAGAGGACUCAAGAAUAAAAGCCUGCUUUCUUUGUACCUGCUUCUUAGAGAGAUCAGACUGACAGUCAUGGACUCGGAAAAUACAAUAUUAAUAGAACCUUGACUAUGAGCUGAGAUGGAUUUUCUCUUCUUCACCUGUGUGUCACAAACAGACAGUUACAUGAAGAAAAUGGUGACUCUUUGCAUCUUUACUACUGAAUAUUUUUGGUCUGUUUGGAGGAUUUUAUCUGUGGGAGUGAAGCACUUAAAACAAGACAGCACUUGUUUUUCUGACAUAAAGAAACAUGAAAUUGUACAUUUUUAUUAAAUUUAGACAAAUUUAUUGAUUAAAUUUAGAUUUAUAUUUUGUUUGGUGUAUUAUUUCUUCAUGAUCUUCAACACUGCCGAAAUCUUAAAGCUGAUGAAGCUUUAAACGGCACACAGUCUGCACUGACAGACCUGGAUUACCUUCAGGUGGUGCAGAGGUUGAAGUUGCUGAUUUUAUUUUACUUUUUAUUGAUUUACUGUGUGUGGCCUCGAGUGUAUGUGUGUGUGUGUUGUUGUUAUGAAGGGGAAGGUGUCCUUGUGGCCAUGAAGUCUGCACACAAUGAACCAUUCUGACCCACAUCUCCCUCCUUAUCCAAACCUCCUGUCUUCCCCCUCUCCCUCCCUUUUCUCACUUCCUCCCCUCUUUCCUCCACCCCUCCAUCUGUCUCUGUGUUUACUCAGUCUUGUCCACAAUCACUGUGUCGGCUCCACCAAGGCCAUGGCGAAAAAGUAAAAUGAACAUACACUCA